GGAAUUAGAAGAAGAAGAAGAAAAAGAUGGCGUCUGCGUCUGCGUGGCACAUCGGUGCAAGAGAGUUUUAGCUAGGUCUCGGGGAGUUCUACUUAAAUUCCACGCACGACUGAUGCUUCCGCCACGUUUGGACUGUUCAUGUGAUGGUGCCGUCAGAAAGGAUGCUCAAACGACAGGAAACGACGUCUCUGUGACACAGGAAGGGGCGGGGCUUCACUCACCAUAAACUGGUCAGAGCUGAUCUCAGAUCCCCAGUAGCAGGAUGGAGGAAACGGCUUCACUGAGGCUGCUCUGUAGUUGGGAUGUUGCUGCUGUGCGGCGCAACAUUUCAGGAGUCACAUGAGGAGAUCCACGUGGAGGCCGGAAACGACGUCAUUCUCAGCUGCCAGUAUCUCCAAUCUGCAGAAAUCACAGCACUGAAGUGGUACCGGUCCGACACGCAGGACUACGUGUUCUUCUAUCAGGAGAAACGGCAGUAUGAACGUUACCAGAACCCACUGUUUCAGGGCCGAGUGCAGCUGAUGGACCCUCAGAUGAGGAACGGGAAUCUGUCCAUCGUCCUGUCCAACACCUCGCUGAACGACGCUGGAACCUACUGCUGUGAUGUCGGGGUCGCCAGAAGGAAAAGAGCCGAUCCAACUGAGACCAUACAGGUCAUCCUCCUGAAGGUCACGCUACCAGCAGCUCCCACAGACGAACCCACCGAGGUUGGAGGAAACAACCUUGGACUGACAGUGGGUCUGCCAAUCGGUGCUGUUCUGUUGGUGCUUGCUGUGGUCGCUGUGGUUAUUGUGAUCAUUAGAAAAAUCCAUCCAUCCAUCACCUGUCAACAUGACUCGUUGUGAGCAUGUUUUCUAGAAAUGCUCCUCCAAAACUAAGACUCAGCAUUAUUCAGGGUUCACACAGUCGCUUGAAAUCCUUGAAAUUAUGCCACCAUUUUGCCUUUCUAGUUGUGCUCGUCUCCGUCAGCAGCACCCAGGUGGUUGCUGUUUUAAUGACGCUACGUACAAAACAUGGUGGAAACGAGGACCAAAUCCUCCAGUAGCUUCCUGCUACAUAUGCAUGGAGGACAUGUGGGAAGGAAUCUUAAAUUUAAGCUAGUAAAUGCAGGAAAAUUGCACAAACUGACUGACUGAUUGAUGGAUGGAGCUGAGGUUUUAUGUCAUCUACAGCAGUGGUCUCCAACCUUUAUAUCACCUCAGACCGGUGGGGUUCAUGUUGGUGUUCCCGCUGAGACUCAAACUCAACACGCAGCUGCUCAGUCCUGCAUAUUUCUGCCGUUUAUUAAGGAGAAAUAUUAUUGAGAGUCAAGAGCAGCUCAUUCUACACAGAUUUUGCGGCCUUCUAUUUAUUUAUACUUUAGGAGUAAAUGACGUCCUGUCCCACAACGUGUUGCUAAGCAACGCGCAGCUGAACAGGUAUGAUUUUAUGGCUGUAUUCACACUGGCCACUUUUGGUCCGCUUUAAACGGACCAGAGUUCGUUUUCCCUCCUUGGUCCGGACCUUUUGUGCAGGUGUGAAAACACUCAAGCGAACCCUGGUCCGUACCAAACAACCGGACCGAGACCCAC